AUGUUCGUUUUACAAUUGAUUAGUUUAUGGAUUAAUUUUCAAUGUUUAAGACACAAAGCUCCAGAAAUAUAUCGGAUUUAUAAAACAAAAAAAGUAGAAAAUCUUUCAAUAUCAUCUGUAUUACUAGAAGAAACAGCUUAUACAUUUUUGUUAACUUAUAACAUUUGGCAACAAUAUCCAUUAUUAGCAUACUGUGAAUAUUUUGUUCUUUUCAUACAAAAUUUACUUAUUCUAUUGGCCUUAUCAAAAUAUUCUACAUAUGAUUCAAACGAAAAAGAAAAAUUCAAUAAUCGAUCGAUUCCAUUAUAUGCAAUCGCUACAUUCUGUUUCUAUCUACUGAUAAGCUACAUCGGUCUUGUACCGGCAGCAUGGAUGCGGUUUCUUACAAUAUUUGUAAUUCCAAUAACUGCUUCAUCAAAAAUAGUUCAACUCAAAACUAUUAUUACCAAUAAAGAUGGUAGUCAAGUUAAUCGAUCUGUUGCAAAAAUGGCUGCUUUCAAUAAUGUUGCUCGAAUACUCACAAAUUUUGCUGAAACAUACGAUAAAAUUAUGAUUAUAUAUUUAUUUGUUAGUUUAAUUCUUAAUACUUCAAUUGUUAUUGCUUGUGCGGUUUACAAAUAUGGACCAAUACGAAUAGCCAAGGAUAAGAAAAAGAAAAAGACGACAUAA